AUUAUUAUCAAAUUGUAUCAUGGUAUCAGAGCCUAGGUUUAAACCCUAGCCCUUUUUUUCGAGACUGUGCCUUCACCGCCGGUCUCCUUCCUCUCGCCGUUCGACCAUAAACGGCAACCAUGGCUCAAUCUUCAGAUCCGCUUGCUUCGCUUCCUUCUGGCGUCAAGCUUCUUCUCCGCAAUCUCCAUAAUCUUAUCCCAGAGAAGCUCACCGAUUCAAAUUAUCCUGCGUGGUCUCUCAAUGUCAAAACUGCUCUCGAGGCCAACCUUCUUCUUGGUUGGAUCGAUGGUCAUGAAGCUGCGCCUCCAAAAAUCCUAUCCAAGGAUGGCAAGGAAAACCCUAACCCAGAAUUCCAAACAUGGAUUGUGAUUGAUACUCAGAUCCGUGCAUGCCUUCUUGCCGUCAUCAGUCCGUCUGUUCACAAGCAUGUCCACAACUUCACCACAUCUGCCGAUCUAUGGAACGCUCUCGCUGCCCGGUAUAAUUCUGUUUCUACCGCUCACAUCUAUCAACUACGGGACAAACUUCACACACUCCGAAAAGGUACAAAAACUAUCACCCAGUACCUUGAUGAAGUUGCCACUAUCCUCACCAAUUUGGAUGCUCUCAACGAGAUUCCGCCUCCGGAGUUUCUCACUCUGCACUGUAUACAAACAGCGGUCGAGGAGGACCGAACAGUCGACCGUUUUCUGGGCGAGGAUCUGGAUCCGGUCGCAGCAGUCGAAGCUACGGAAGGGGGGGAGGCCGCGGACCUUCACGCGAUCUUCCAGUAUGUCAGAUCUGUUCAAAGCGUGGCCACUCUGCUGCUACCUGCUGGUGCUAAUACUCAUGUUACGCAUGAUCUUUCACAGCUGCAAACUCCGACUCCCAACCAUGGCACUGAAACUAUUACUGUAGUGGACAACGAUACGAAUCUGGUGUGGUACACGGGCCCCUGUGAGCAUGGUCUCUAUACCCUUCCUUCCAAGCCUAUCCCUGUUGUGCGUCAAGCUGUCACUGCAUCCACCUGGCAUCGCCGGCUUGGACAUCCGGCUCCUGCUGUUGCCAAGUCUAUUUUGUCUACUUUAGGGGCACUCUCUUCAUUCCUCCCUAGAGCUUCCAUUUCAAAAGCUAAUUCAGCAGCUAGUGUACCAAUAGUGGAUGACAAAUUCUUGUUAGCUACGCCCACAGAACCCCUGGAACAUCAGCCUAUCUCCCCAACUCCUCUCCUUGAACUUGGCACACCAACUCAGCAUACUCAAAAUUCUGAAACGAAGGUGUAUGACGAAACCCAGAACAAUGACAAAACAAACCAUUCAAGCACAAAGGAUAAUAUUACAGACAAAGGAGGGUCAGAAGGUUUCACUACUGCUCCUUUGACAGAAACCACCCUUGCAGAGAGGCAGAUGAUUACUUAUGAGGGAAAAGGAGAACCUGAAUGUUCUGACUCAUACACUGAAUUGUUUCCACCACUUCCAAGAAGGAUGUUAUCUCCAUAUGCCCCUGCAUUUUUACCACUUUCAAACAACACAUUUGCUGCUCUUCUGAAUCAAGAUCCUGGGUCCUUGGAGGAAGAAGAUCCUUUUUCAAAGAUUAAUGAUCAGAACCUGGUUCUAUGCUCUAAUGCAGUGGAAGAUCAUGCAAAGGAGAGGGAUGGGCCAAUACUUUACACCCAUUCAGAGGGGGAGGAUUUAGUGUUCAUAGAUUCUAAGCUUAAACCCUUGAAAAUAGACCUUUCAAGAUGCUUCAAGCAGCCCUUUAACUUGCGCAAGGAACUCAAGGGUAGAAAGACCUUCUCCCCAUCGCAAAUUGUUACAAGAAGUAAGGCUAAAAUACUAGAAGAAGGGAGGAGGAUCACACCUAUUGGCUGGGAAGAGGAACAAGAAAUGCUUGAUCCACAGGAAUCCCAUGAAGAGGAGGUGAUUGAAUUCUUCAAACUCUGUUGUCCUAGUAAAAAGGAAGAGCCUAAAGCUUCCAAAAAGCCAUUGAGCAAAAGUCAGAAAAAGAAAUUGAAGAAGAAAAAGAAACAGAGCUAGGUAAGUGAUAUGGGAAAUGAGGAUGAGGACUUUUAUGAAUUAGACUAUUCCUGUUGAAUGAUUGUGUCUCUAGCAGAUUUUAGUUUCAACAUUUGAGUGUUUCAGUUGGACUGCUUGCUUUAUAUUUGUUUAGCCUGAUGUAGUAGUUUCCUUUAAUAAAGACGGGUCAAUGAA